AUGGCGGAUGCCGUGGAGAGCGGCGGGCGGGCGCUCCUGGUCUCGGAGCUGGGCCGCGUGCAGGACCUGGUGCGCCAUCUCGAGCUGCAGCUGCGCGCGCCCGCGGACGCCGCCUCCGUCGACCUCUGCCGCCGCCUCGUCCACCAGAUCGUCGCGCUCACCGACCGCUCCAUCGGCAUGCUGCACUCGUCCCCGGACCUCGCCCAGUCGCCGCUGUCCGCCACCGGGACCGGGAGCCCGAUCAGCAGCGACGCCGCCUCCGACCACCACCCCUUCCGUCCUGCCAUCGCCAGCCCCAAGAAGCGCAAGGCCACAGCGCGCUGGACGAGCCAGCAGGUGCGCGUCAGCGCCGCUGGCGGCGGCGGCAGCGGCGCCGAGGGUCCCGCCGCCGAUGGCCACAGCUGGCGCAAGUACGGCCAGAAGGACAUCCUCGGCGCCAAGCACCCGCGGGCCUACUACCGCUGCACGCACCGCAGCUCGCAGAACUGCCCGGCCACCAAGCAGGUGCAGCGAACCGACGACCACCCCGCGCUCUUCGACGUCGUCUACCACGGCGAGCACACCUGCAGGCCCGGCGGCGGCUCCGGCGGCGCCAAGAGGGCGCAGCAGCAGCACAACCCGCACGCGCAGGCCGCGCUGCAGGGCCUCGCCGCGCGCCUCACGGUGGCCACCACCACCACCACGGACGCCGCCGCCGCGCCGCCGCCGCGCUCCCGCCCAUGA